AUGGGAUCGCGACAAGUCCACGAAUGUCUCCGAUGUCAAAGAGAUUUUCGUUCUCGGGCUGCCAAGGAGCAGCAUAUCCGAGAUUCUUCCCGACACAAUGUCUGUCACAUCUGCCGUGUCCGAGACUAUGAAGAGGCAUACGAGCUCGAUAACCACCUCGAAGCAGAUCACCACUUUUGCGUAGAAUGCGGCGAACAAUUUCAUACCGCUGGGCUGUUCGAGCAACACGACAUAGACGUACAUAACUUGUGUUCUAUAUGUGGGCGUCACUUCAACUCAGCCUCCAACCUCAACAAUCACAAGAUCACCCACGCGGCGAAGGACAUCGAGUGCGCGGGGUGCUAUCGCCGAUUUGCAACCAACUCGGCCAUGAUGUUGCACCUCGAAGCUGGAACGUGCCCAUCGGAAGUGGACUGCCUGACCAUCGAUGAGCUCGCAUCCGAAUGUCGCCAGUCGCAGUACUAUUCGUGUAAUGAUCCAAAUUAUGAUUACGAAUGUCCAAGUUGCGAGACUCCCUUUCGGUAUAUGAGUGGGCUUUUGCAACACAUCGAAAAUGGUCCCUGUGAUGAGGAUUUGUCUUGGCAUAGCGCUUUGGGGAUUUUUCUUCGAUUCAUCCGAACACGUAUUUAA